AUGGGGAUCACGGCCAAGAUGAAGCUGACGCCCUUGGUCAGGGAGGCCGACGGCACCGCUGGGUUUGUGAGUGGCCACGCUGUCGCGACCAGCUCAGUCAAGCGUCACAACUGCGAGGAUGAGCGCGGUUUCGUGCCGUUUUCCGUUCUAGUCUACGAGGACGGCGAGACGCUGUGGUUCCAGAGUAUCAGUUCGGUCGUCGAACGCGAGCGCGUUGCCAAGGCCCAGAAGAAGGAGUUUCCAACCCAGCAGACCAAUACCAUGGCUAUUGCCAUGGGAACAGACCUCGCGAAACACGAGGACGGUCCAGUGGCACCGAAAGUCCAGUUGGCGAAGAUCUACGAGGCCAUCCUGAAGGACGACCGCUUGGGGGCUGCCCUCGACGAGAGCCAGACGGUGUGGCAGGGCCUCAUGGUCCACACCAAGCACAAGCGAUGGGUCUGGGGCAUCUGGGCCAUGGAGCUGAUGUGGAUGCUCUUCAUGCUGAUGGCCAACACCAUGGAGAUCUGGGGCACGUGCCCGUACCAGAUGCGCGUCUCGGCGGCCUGUCUCUACUGCUACAGCCGUCCCUUCCUGGCGUGGAGCUUCAUCCUCGUGACUUUCUGGGGCAUGGACCUCUUCCUGUCCAUGCUCCUCGUGUCCCGGGGCUUCCAGUUCACCUGGAGCAGGGGGGUGGACGACGCGAGCGCGAAGGAGAUCCCCAGGCGUGCCGUGGCGCUCUUCUUCGCCCUCCUGGCGGUCCUCGGCCUGACCCUCCUCGCCGGGGGGCUGAUCAUGAUCAUGUCUAGCUCGUGCGGCAGCGCGCCCCAGUACCAGGAGCGCUCGAGCCUCAUGUUCUUCACCACGCUUGCUACCCUCGUCGGUCUGCCCCUGCUGGUGGCGCUGGGCCGCAUGGAGAUCUGCUGA